CCCUCCACUCAUUUAUGGGAGGGGCCGUGACGGCUAGUACAUAGUCAUCAUGCCUCCACGUGAAUGGAGGGGGCUUUGGUGGCUGGCAUCGCCAGUCAUCGGUCACGGAGUGGAGUUCGCUCCCUGCACCAAAUGACAGGGGUGCCGCAGCGAAGAUCGCAGGGGUCCCCAGAGGUGGGACCCCCUCGAUUAGACAUAAGAUGUUUUCAGCGGAGUACCCCUUCAAUAUGCGAUUUAGUCCAAUUGUAUUGCAGUUCUUUCUAUGUCAUAUGAUGUCUUUAGAGAUACUGUUUCCUUUUACUUUAUUAACCUCUUAGUGACCAACUGUCAAUAUUUUUUUGGCAGUGACUAAUGGGACUUUGGCUAGGCCCUGCCUUUUUCAUGGCGGCAGCCUGGCACCCCAGAGCUGGCACCCCAGGAGCUCGGUUGUCAGCAUGACACCCCGGACUGAGAAAAUCUCUGAUCCUGGCAGUUUAACCUAUAACAUACCACAUGACUGUAACAUUUAAUGCAUUUGCAGGCCUCUGGGACCCCAAUGGCAGUCUGGCGACACAAUCGCCUGUUGCUGAUGGGUUUCCAUGGCAGCAGGUCCCCCAGGUCUGCCAUGUAUGUGCUUCUGCCUCUGGCACGGCUGCAUAGAUUUCCUGUCAGCAUAAUAUACCGCACUACAAUGUAAUGAAGUGUAUUAUAUCAUAUCAUACCUAAAAUGAUAUCAUUAUUUAUUCCACACAGUCAAGCCUAAAUUAAAAAACAAAAUACCAACAUUGGUGUAUUUUCAUAAUCUGCCUCCCAAAAAACAUAAAAAAGCAAUCAAAAAGUCAUAUACAGUAUAUACAAAAAGGAAAGCAAUAAACCGAAAACUUAUCCCACAAAAGCCCCCAAACAACUCUGACGAGAGAACAAUUAAAAGAAAAUUAUAAAUUAUUAUUAUUUUUUUUUUUACUUAGAAACAAUAAAACUUUUGUAUCGCUAUCAUUCUAGUGACCCAGAGAAUAAAGUUAUCACAUUUCUUUUACGGCAUGGUGAAAGGCGCAAAACUUGCAUUUUAUUCCCAUGAUUCCACAGCCCCCCCAAAUAUUAUGAGUUAGUCAAUUUAUGUUAUGAAUCCCAAAAUGGUGCCAUUUUCAAGUGAAACUAGUCCUGCCAGAAAUAAUCCACCAAGUGGCUACUUGGAAGGAAAUAUAAAAUAAAUAAAGAAUGGCUUGGUCAGUGAGUGGUUAAAAAAAGAACUUUAUUAAUCUCGAGCUGUGAAAGUCAUAAAGGAGAAAAAACUUCAUCGGUGCCUGCUAGUCACUUAUAGAAGAAUGGAAGAAAAAAGAGAGACUGAUUGCUGGGGGUUCCAUUCACUGACAUGUGACAUGCUGUAGGGCAGGUUGCUGUCCAGUGCAUUGUUUCCCAACCAGGAGACUGAUUGCUGGGGGUUCCAUUCACUGACAGGUGACACAUCCUGUAUGGCAGGUUGCUGUCCAGUGCAUUGUUUCCCAACCAGAAGACUGAUUGCUGGGGGUUCCAUUCACUGACAGGUGACAUGAUGUAGGGCAGGUUGCUGUCCAGUGCAUUGUUUCCCAACCAGGAGACUGAUUGCUGACGGUUCCAUUCACUGACAGGUGACACAUCCUGUAUGGCAAGUUGCUGUCUAGUGCAUUUUUUCCCAACCAGGAGACUGAUUGCUUGGGUUUCCAUUCACUGACAGGUGACACAUCCUGUAUGGCAGGUUGCUGUCUAGUGCAUUGUUUCCCAACCAGGAGACUGAUUGCUGGGGGUUCCAUUCACUGACAGGUGAAACAUCCUGUAUGGCAGGUUGCUGUCCAGUGCAUUGUUUCCCAAACAGGAGACUGAUUGCUGGGGGUUCCAUUCACCGACAGGUGACACAUCCUGUAUGGCAGGUUGCUGUCUAGUGAAUGGUUUCCCAACCAGAAGACUGAUUGCUGGGGGUUCCAUUCACUGACAGGUGACAUAAUGUAGGGCAGGUUGCUGUCCAGUGCAUUGUUUCCCAACCAGGAGACUGAUUGCUGACGGUUCCAUUCACUGACAGGUGACACAUCCUGUAUGGCAGGUUGCUGUCUAGUGCAGGGUUUCCCAACCAGGGUUCCUCCAGCUGGUGCAAAACUACAACUCCCAGCAUGCCCGGACAGCCAAAGGCAUGUUGGGAGUUGUAGUUUUUGCACCAACUGGAGACAUCCUGGUGUAGUAUAAUGGGCACAUGUACUGCAGCAGCUGAUCGAUGGUCACACUACUGUUCACAGCCUCUGUUCCGGUGCACUGUGUUAUCAGAUCCUGCUUGUACGGGAGGACAGCAGUGCUGAACAGGUGCCAGCUCACUGCAGGGAGCACGCCAUUCAAGUGACAGCGCCAUCCUCCACCCCGUCAGCCCGGCUCCGCGCUCCACACAACGCCCAGUCAAGUGACGCUCCGGCCGCUGGGCGGGAUCCAGUCCUCGGCUUCACUCCCGUGCGCGCUCCCCGCGUCCUGUACUGCUGUCGUGAGCGCGCACCGCGGAGGGAGCUGACGGACGGGGCCGGCCUCACAGCGGGGGAGUCGCCGACAAACUCCGUGUCGUUUGCCCUAUGGCCAUGCUGGUUCGGUGAUCGGGGGCGCCGCUGGGCGAUGGAUUCCUGGAGGGACUGCUUCCUGGUGCGCUGGGUCUGGCAGCAGCUGGGAUGUGACCCACCAAAUCACAGUGAAACUCGGACAGUUUAUGUGGCAAACAGAUUCCCUCAGCAUGGCCAUUAUGUUCCCCAACAAUUUGCAGACAACAGAAUCAUUUCAUCUAAGUACACAGUGUUGAACUUCAUUCCAAAAAACUUGUUUGAACAAUUCAGAAGAAUAGCCAAUUUCUAUUUUCUCAUUAUAUUUCUAGUUCAGCUUAUGAUCGAUACACCAACAAGUCCAGUAACAAGUGGACUGCCACUAUUUUUUGUCAUAACAGUAACGGCUAUCAAACAGGGUUAUGAAGACUGGUUGCGACACAAAGCAGAUAAUGAAGUUAAUGGCGCUCCAGUCUACGUUGUCAGAAGCGGUGGCCUUGUUAAGACUAGAUCCAAAAACAUCAGGGUUGGUGACAUUGUCCGAGUAGCCAAAGAUGAAACUUUUCCUGCUGAUCUUGUACUGUUGUCCUCAGACAGAGUUAAUGGUUCAUGUCAUGUGACAACUGCAAGUCUGGAUGGAGAAACAAAUCUCAAGACACACUUUGCUGUUCCAGAAACUGCAGUAUUACAGUCUGUUGCCAACCUGGACACAUUAAAAGCAGUGAUAGAAUGUCAGCAGCCUGAAGCAGAUCUUUACAGGUUUGUUGGAAGAAUAACCUUGCAGGAGCAUUCAGAGGAUAUUGUAAGGCCUCUUGGACCAGAAAACCUUUUGCUUCGUGGUGCAAGGUUGAAAAACACGAAGGAAAUUUUUGGAGUUGCUGUAUACACUGGGAUGGAAGCAAAAAUGGCAUUAAAUUACAAGUGUAAAUCACAAAAACGAUCUGCAGUAGAAAAAUCCAUGAACACCUUCUUGCUUGUGUACUUGAUUAUUCUCCUAUUUGAAGCUAUUCUCAGCACAAUCUUGAAAUAUGCAUGGCAAGCAGAAGAAAAAUGGGAUGAACCAUGGUAUAACCGAAAAACUGAACGCGAUAGAAAUAGUAGUAAGAUUCUUAAAUUCAUUUCAGAUUUCCUGGCAUUUCUAGUGCUUUAUAAUUUUAUCAUCCCUAUUUCACUUUAUGUGACUGUGGAAAUGCAGAAAUUCCUGGGGUCCUUUUUUAUUGGUUGGGACCUUGAUCUAUAUCAUGAAGAAAGCGAUCAGCGAGCCCAGGUUAAUACAUCUGACCUGAAUGAAGAGCUUGGGCAGAUAGAAUAUGUAUUUACAGACAAAACCGGCACAUUGACUGAAAAUGAAAUGCAGUUUAGAGAAUGUUCUGUUAAUGGAAUCAAGUACCAAGAGAUCAAUGGGAAACUUGUUCCUGAAGGAGUGACCGUAGAUUAUGUUGAUGGAUCCCCUACCAGCUUGACUUUAGAAGAAGAACUUUUCUUCAAAGCAGUCUCCCUAUGCCACACGGUACAAAUAAGUUAUGACCAGCCAGAUGGAUGUGUUGAUGGGCUACGAUUCUCCAAUGGAAUAUCCUCACAACUGGAGUAUUAUGCGUCAUCACCUGAUGAAAAAGCAUUGGUUGAAGCUUCCAGAAGAAUGGGUGUUGCAUUUUCUGGUGCUAAUGGAGAAAUUAUGGAAAUCAAAAUCCAUGGCAAACUUGAAAGGUACAAGCUUCUCCAUGUUUUGGAAUUUGAUGCUAAUCGACGUAGGAUGAGUGUCAUUGUUGAGAGUCCCUCAGGAGAAAAAAUACUUUUUACCAAAGGAGCUGAGUCUGCUAUCCUUCCGAAUACCAAAAGUGGGGAAAUAGAUAGAACGAGACUGCAUGUUGAUGAAUUUGCCAUAAAAGGGCUUCGUACAUUGUGUGUGGGCUAUAGGAGAUUCACACCAGAAGAAUAUCAAGAAAUAGACGAUCGUCUGCAUUAUGCACGUACUGCAUUACAGCAAAGGGAAGAUCGCUUAGCUGACGUAUUUAACCUCAUUGAAAAAGACCUGGAGAUCCUGGGUGCAACUGGUGUUGAAGACAAGCUCCAGGAUAAGGUCCAGGAAACAAUUGAGGCACUCCGGUUGGCAGGAAUAAAAGUAUGGGUGCUGACAGGAGACAAACAUGAGACAGCUGUCAGUGUCAGUUUAUCCUGUGGACAUUUCCACAGAACUAUGAAUAUUCUUGAACUUGUUCAACAAAAAUCAGACCGCGAAUGUGCUGAGCAACUACGACAGCUUGACAGACGACUAAAAGAGGAUCAUGUGAUCCAGCAUGGGCUAGUUGUUGAUGGAGCUAGCCUUUCUCUUGCACUCAGGGAACAUGAAAAACUAUUCAUGGAUGUGUGUAGAAACUGCUCAGCAGUGCUAUGCUGUCGAAUGGCACCAUUGCAAAAAGCAAAGGUAGUAAGGUUAUUAAAAACCUCUCCUGAGAAGCCAAUCACACUUGCCAUUGGUGAUGGUGCAAAUGAUGUGAGCAUGAUACAAGAAGCUCAUGUUGGCAUAGGAAUCAUGGGUAAAGAAGGAAGACAAGCUGUAAGGAACAGCGACUAUGCAAUUGCGAGGUUUAAAUUCCUCUCAAAACUUCUUCUGGUGCAUGGUCACUACUAUUACAUUAGAAUAGCAACUCUUGUACAGUACUUUUUUUAUAAGAAUGUGUGUUUUAUCACACCACAAUUUUUGUAUCAGUUCUUCUGUUUAUUUUCUCAGCAAACACUGUAUGAUAGUGUGUAUCUGACUUUGUACAAUAUUUGUUUCACUUCCUUACCUAUUUUGAUGUUCAGCCUGUUUGAACAACAUGUGCAUCCACAUGUUUUACACACCAAACCUGGUCUCUAUAGAGACAUUAGCAAAAAUGCCCUUCUCGGUUUUAAACCAUUCCUUUACUGGACCUUUUUAGGCUUUGGGCAUGCCUUUAUCUUCUUUUUUGGCUCUUAUUUGCUUAUGGGUGAAGAUACAUCUCUCCUUGGAAAUGGCCAGAUGUUUGGCAACUGGACAUUUGGAACUUUGGUGUUUACGGUUAUGGUUUUAACAGUUACUAUGAAGAUGGCCCUGGAAACACAGUUCUGGACAUGGAUAAAUCACUUUGUCACCUGGGGUUCCAUAGCCUUUUAUUUUAUUUUUUCACUGUUUUAUGGUGGAAUUAUCUGGCCAUUUUUGCACACCCAAGACAUGUACUUUGUAUUUGUCCAGCUUCUUUCCAGUGGGUCUGCAUGGUUCGCCAUAAUAAUCAUCACCUCAGCCUGUUUGUUUCUUGAUGUCCUGAAGAAAGUGGUUUAUAGACACCUUUAUCCUACAAGUACAGAGAAGGCACAGAUGGAAGAGGAUGAGGGUUCAGUCAGCUCAGAAUUUGAAUUUGCUGAAAGCGAGCACAGAGGGUCGGACAAUAGGCAAUUGCUAGCUGAUGCAUCAAACCAGCAGACACUUGAGCAGACUAGCUUACUGAGACAGGAUCAGGUAUCAACUGCUUGGACUCAAUGUGCUGCUACACAGGCGGGGAGACAGCGUGUAUGUCUUUUAGAAGACUGCUGGAACGAGUGAGGGGGCAAUGCACUGCGCCACGGGUCACCAGAUCUUGGAGUGAAAUGGAUCCCUGCUAUUCAAAUGACAGAAGCAUCUUGACUCUUUCGGCCGUGGAUUCGACAACAUGCUAAAGGGCUGGUCUUACUGGUAUAAAUGUCUUCCAGUCCUCUUAUCAUAUUUAUUAUACCUGAAAUUCUUGUCUUCUGUCAACAAAUCUUUAAUGAUAAUACAUACCUCUGUAAUAUGGAAUAUCAUUUGUACUUGUAAAGCCAAUGGGAGUCUGCUCUGGUUAUCUUUCAUCAACCUAUAUCGGUUUCUCUUUGAUGAUGAAGAGUGAGCCGAAUAUUUUUUUUUUCAGGCAUUUAACAAUAUAUCAACAUCCAAGAACAGGUUUCAAUCUUAGUGAUAACAAAGACCAUUUUUGAGUUAUGUUUUUACCUGGUGAGCUAUUAUCUUAUUCGUGUGCAAUAUGUUUUGCCUCGCUAUGUGCAGGCAUAUUUAUUGAUCGGAGUUCUUAUUUUCGUUGUCACUUUUUUAUGCCAAAGAUACUGCUAUUCUUUAGUUUUACAUUCUGUAAGACAGCUGUACGGUACCAUUGUUUUUGUUGAUGACCUCUGUUUUUUAAACAACAUACAAGAAAAAAUUGUUUUCUCCCAAUGUGUUUUAAACAUUUUUAAUUGGAUGUGAUACAGCUGUGUUUGUGUCCAUAUCACAGCCGGAACACCAAUAUCGGGAGGAAUUCAGAUUACCAUCAAACAUCUAUGGUGAUCAGUUCUGUUUAGUUGAACCAAGAAGGGUAUAAAUAUAGACCAUAAAAUAUAUAGUUUUAUUGUUUCAGUGAAAUGGCCACAAUGAUCAUACCAUGUGGAGGUACAAAACAAGACCCUAUUAUAGUUUAGUCUGGAUAGCGCCUUUGAUUUUGUCCACAACUUUAGUAAUGCUAUCUAUGCACUGAUCAUACUGCCCCAAACUACAAGCAUAACAAUAUAUAAUAUUAUUAAAAUCAAAUAUUACCUGUAAACAAAAUCAUUUCCAUGUAACAGUCUGAUGGAACAGCUACCAUGUAGAUAUACAUUACAAGCAUAGUUUCAAGUGUAACAGGUUGGAUUUCUGCACCAGAUUUAAAAGUAUGAAAAACAGCAUCUAGUGGUCACCACUUACAAAUUUAGCAUCAGUUACAUUAAGGUAGUGACAGAUGUUUGAGAGGAGAAAAGAUCUAGCAUUUUCAGUUCUUCAUAUUAAAUGUUUAUAUGGCAUUAACAAUUCUAAGCUAGUUGUAACCACAGCACAAACCAGGCAAGGCAUUUUGUUAAUACAGACUGAAUCUUUUCCAAGUGUCAAAUUGUGUCAUAGUUUUACAGGCUAAAGAGAGAAAAUCUUCCAUCCUGAUAAUACAGAAGUCUUUUAAUUGUUCAAUUUUUAGCUCAGUAGCAACUUAAACCAUUCCAAAACUCAGGCAAAUCCCUUUUAAUCCUAUUUUUUUCCUUAAUGUAUUAUUAAAUAUACUUUGAAACAUUGUUUUACCCCAAAGAUAUACAAUUCUUUUUACUGCAUAUUGUAUUAUUAAAAUGUUUACAGCUUUAAAAACCUAAACAUUUUUAUCAUGUUUCCU